CGGCUGUGCUUUUUUUUUUUUGGGUCGCUGCAGCUGUUUUUGAAGCCAGUUUAUCCCCUGCCAAUGGAUGCUCAUAAAAGUCGCCAACAUCUGUCCUAGAGGGUUAAUGUUAAACGCAUUUUCGGCUUCACCCAGUCAGUCCAUGGCCGAUCAGCAUGAGUCCAUCGAUCUCAGGUCUCCAGAGGACCCAUCAGCAGCUGCAGAGCACAGCUGGUUCCCUGGACCCCCUCCACCCAUCUACUCCUGCAGUCUGACCCCCGAGCUAGUGGCCAAGGCACGGGAGGAGCUCCAGGAGAAACCAGAGUGGCGUCUCCGAGAUGUCCAAGCACUGAGAGACAUGAUACUGAAGGAACAGCCCAACCUCAGGACGAGGCUGGACGACGCCUUCCUCCUGCGCUUCCUGCGGGCCAGGAAGUUUGACUACGACCGGGCCCUGCAGCUGCUGCUCAACUACCACGCGGGACGUAAGGCCUGGCCAGAAGUGUUCAAGGACCUGAAGCCAUCCACCGUGAAACACGUCCUGGACCUGGGCUUCCUCACGGUCCUGCCUCAGCCGGACCCCAACGGAAGAUACAUCCUCUGUCUCCGUCCAGGAAAAUGGAAACCGAAUGAUUAUCCGUUUGUCGACAAUGUGAGGGCCAUUUAUCUGACUCUGGAGAAGCUGAUCCAGCCGGAGGAGACGCAGGUGAACGGUCUCGUCAUCUUGGCCGACUACACCGGAGUGGGCAUGUCACAAGCAUCCAAUCCAGGCCCGUUCCUUGCCAAAAAAGUUGUGAGCAUCCUCCAGGAUGGGUUUCCAAUCAGAAUCAAGGCUGUUAACAUAAUUAACGAGCCCAGGAUUUUCAAAGGCAUCUUUGCUAUAAUUAAGCCUUUUCUGAAGGAGAAGAUGGCAGAGAGGUACAUCCUCCACGGCUCAGACCUGCGCUCCCUGCACCGGAGCAUCCCUCGCUCGGUUCUGCCGGAGGAGUACGGCGGCACCGCGGGCCAACUGGACAUGGGCGCCUGGUCGAGACUGCUGCUGGACUCCGAGGAGGAAUUUAUAGUGGAGUUCUGCCAGCCGGAUCCACUAGAGGGUGUGGUGCUCCCAGACUCCAUGCUGUUAGAAGGCGAGCAGGCCAGCGGGCAGGACGACGACGUCUUCAGGGGGCUGCGCUCUCAACUCUACUACUGCUACUGAUGCACACUGUAGAUAACACUCCCAUCACUGAGAGGACAUUUGCUGUUUCAUCUGAAACAUGUGUGUAGACUUUUACAGGGCAAGUUGCCAAUAUUAAACGUGAUUUAUUUUACUAACUAAGCAGCACUACUAUAGAUGGAUAGUCUUUAGUUUACACUUAGCCCAGCAUUCAAUCAUGGUUCCAAGGCAGCUGCAGGCUCUGGCAAAGAGGCUUUUGACACAAGCCCAUGCCCCUCCAUGAAUUUAUUUUAGUAUUUAAUAUUUUCCACUGAGGAGGAAUGCUAAAAAUAGUCUUAUCAAACUCACAUCUCUUCAGUUUGUUUAGUAUCUGCAUACCGACAGUCAGUCGUAUAAUGGCCAUUACUGCUCUGUCUGCAUGGUUUUAUCUCCCUACAAUACGAUCAAAAGAUUGAGACAGUUUCUGUGUACAUUGCAGUCUAAUACAUUGCCUUAAAUUGUUAUUAAUCAGAUUUUUUUCCGAGGGAAGCGUCGUAAAUCAUGUUGGAUUUGUGUGAACCAAAGCAAUACUCGUGCAUUCUCAUCAGGACUCGUAUUACAUAAUAGUGCAUCUACUUUAUGGUUUAGUAAAAUGGACUUAUUGCUGUGGCUGAAAGAAUAAUGUAAUAGAUUUACCUUUUAAGUGUUGUUGCCGAAACUCAUAUACGAUAUGUCAGGGCCUUUGUUUAGAUGACGCUUUAGUUUUCUCUAGCCUGAAUCUCUGAGAGGAUUAUUUUUCUAAAUUCAGAUAAUCUGCCUUAUGCUUUUUUUGUUUUUUUAUGUUUUAUUUUGACCUGUUUGCCUGUGUCUCAUCACGCAGUCUUAACGCAGGGCCAUUACUGAUCACAGUCACAUUGGGAGGAGUUGUAGUGAUAGGAUAUUCAGUACUGACUUGAUUGACACCCAGUUUGCCAAAUUUCCCACCAGGCCAUGUACAGAAAUGUGCAAUAAGGUUGGAUCUGUUUUCUUGCGGCAGCCCGAAGCUCUUUUAUCAUGUUGAGUCUUUUUAUAUUUUUUAUUUUGUGCACGUCUGUUACUGUAAAGCUGUUGUCGUGUCGCAGGAUAUUAAUUGUUGAUAGUGAAGACAGUAAAGUAAAACUGAAAUAGAAAAGCUCUGUUUGUGUUUGUUUGUGCUGCGGAUGCUGUUGUUGGCAGAGGAUGAUGGUAUGCUGUGUGCUCUUGGGAAGUUGCGGGUAUUUUC